AUGGCCAAGUGCCGGAAGGCGUGUCGUGCCUGCACGGACGUGAACUGGGGCCUCGCCGGAGAUCUCAGCCUGGCCGUGCUGACAGUACUCGUGCUGCAGACGCUGCGCUUCGCCCACUGCUUCUACGAAUCCGCGCGCCAGCUGCUCUUGGCAGACAGCCAUCUGACCUCGGAUCCACCAGAGUUGCCCUUCCACGAGCUCUCAGAGGGACCUGGCCGGCGUGGCUCUGUGCAAUAUGCGAUCGACAGUCAGCUUGAGCUUGCAGAGCCGCUGUCAGCAGCCAGCCACACGAGGUCUGAGCUGAAUCAGGCCUGGCACUGUUUGUUGCCGAUCAUGGCUGAGCCCUUUCCUGCAGGAAGAUGCUAUGCCUACACGGGGUACUGCAGAGCCAGCAAGCGGCAAAAGCCUAGGAGGAAGGCGAGCGAGAGCCGCUACAAGCGCUGGGUGGGCAUAGCCCUCUCACUGCGGCACAGACUAAGACGUCCAGACGCUGAUGGGCACACCGCGCAGAAAGCCCUCGUGGAGAAGGAAGAAGGGCGCCUGCAGACGCAGCGGCAUGCAGAUGUUGUCGCAGCGAGACGCAAAAACCAGCAGUUGUGGCAGGCCAGCGAGAUGGGGCCGAUCGAAGCCUCGCCAGGGAGCCAAGCACUAGAUGACUGGUACAGCGACCCCUGGGCAUCACCAGGCAUUGCCCGCAAAAGUUCCUCAAGCUCACGGCAGGGAGACAGGCGCGGGCCCAGGAAGACUUCAGGAGGGCUGCGUGGGCCGGAGGUCGAGACUUUCUGCUUGGAGCAGCUGGAUGAUGCCCCCACAGAGGUGGCCGACGCCGCUCCGCUGGAGGAUGUCUCGGAUCCCGGCGGCGGACCCAGCGAGCCGCAGUGGCAGUAUGGAAGGUGUGUCGCGCUGAAGCUCGUGGCGCACAGCCCGCACGGCAACAGCGCAUUCGAGCAGCUCCUGCCGGUGCUUCUCACGGUGUUCCAGGUGAGCGACGAUGAAAGGAAGAGCUCCUUUCUAGCGAGACGGAGGCAGCAAGGAAGCUCGUGGUGGUCCCAGGUCCUGCGAUGCACAGCAGACAAACCGAGCUCUGAAGAGCGCGAUGCUCUGACAAGAUAG